GCUGACUGUCGGGUCACAAUAACACCAGUUACACCAGUAGCACCAGUAACACAAACAGCUCCUGCAGUGAGAGUGAUAGAGAUGGCCAGUAGGAUCCUGCUGCGCGCGUGCAGACUGGCCGCGGUCACGAGCCGCCCCGCGCUGCUGAGAGUAGCCCCGCGCGCGCUCGCGAGCGGAGGAGGAAUUCCAACAGAUGAGGAGCAGGCGGCGGGGCUGGAGAGGCGUAUCCUGCAGGCCAUGAAAAAGGGCAAAGACCCCUACAGCAUAUUUAGGCCAAAGGAGUAUGCUGGCACCAAGGAAGACCCCCACAUCGUACCAGGCAUCAGUAACAAGCGUCUGGUCGGCUGCAUUUGUGAGGAGGAUAACACUGCUAUCGUCUGGUUUUGGCUCCAUGAGGGAAACUCUCAGCGCUGUCCUUCCUGUGGAGCACACUAUAAACUGGUCCAUCAUGAGCUUCCCCACUGAGUCUCCAGCCAAGACAUGAACUUUACCUCACAGGCCCGAAAUGUACUUUAAUAAACCUUUCCAAACACUCA